AUUAUUCAAUUAAUAUUAUAUUCAUUAAUUAUUACUACAUCUAUUAUUUUUUUUAAUAUAAUUCACCCAUUAGCUUUAGGAUUAACUUUAUUAAUUCAAACAAUUUUUGUAUGUUUACUUUCAGGAUUAAUAACUAAAAGUUUUUGAUACUCAUACAUUUUAUUUUUAAUUUUUUUAGGAGGAAUACUUGUUUUAUUUAUUUAUGUUACAUCAUUAGCUUCUAAUGAAAUAUUUAAUUUAUCAAUUAAAUUAACUUUAUUUUCCAUAUUUAUUUUAUUUUUUAUAUUUAUUUUAUCAAUAAUUCUUGAUAAAACUUCUAUUACUUUAUUUUUAAUAAAUAACGAAAUACAAUCUAUUAUUGAAAUAAAUUCUUAUUUUACAGAAAAUUCUUUAUCUUUAAAUAAAUUAUAUAAUUUUCCAACAAAUUUUGUAACAAUUUUAUUAAUAAAUUAUUUAUUAAUUACUUUAAUUGUUGUAGUAAAAAUUACUAAACUAUUUAAAGGUCCUAUCCGAAUAAUAUCUUAA